CGGAGCCGGCGCUGGCGAAAGAAAGACUCCGAUUCCCAGCCCCCCGCCCCGCGGGGCGCGGGGGCUGGCAGCGCAUGCGCGCGGUCCGGCCCCCAAUUCCCCCAGCGAGAGAGGGAGGCCCCCGGCGGCCGGGCUGCGAGCCGCAGCGGGACCCGAGCGCACGCAGGGGCGCGGCGGCGGGGCGAGCCGGGCUGCGGAGGUGGCCGUCGGGAGCGUGGAGCGCGGGGCGCGAGAGCUCAGCCGCGUGCGGGCAACUGGGGGGGCCCCCGCCUCGGCCCUGGGAGGGGCUCGGUGCCCGCAGCACCCCACGCCCGGAGAGGGAUGCGGCGCGCCCUGAGAGCCCAGUAGCCUCGGAUCGCGGCGCUGAACAAGACGCAGUGAUGGAUGAGCCGUGGUGGGAAGGGCGCGUCGCCUCGGACGUCCACGGCACCCUGCGCGAGAAGGAACUGAAGCUGCCUGCCUUCCGGGCCCACUCCCCGCUCCUGAAGAGCCGGCGGUUCUUUGUGGAUAUCUUGACCCUGCUGAGCAGCCACUGCCAGCUCUGCCCCACAGCCCGGCACCUGGCCGUCUACCUGCUGGACCACUUCCUGGAUCGCUAUAACAUCACCACCUCCAAGCAGCUGUACGCCGUGGCGGUCUCCUGCCUCCUGCUCGCAAGUAAAUUCGAGGACAAGGAAGACAACGUGCCCAAGCUGGAGCAGAUAAACAGUACGAGGAUCCUGAGCAGCCAGAACUUCAGCCUCACCAAGAAGGAGCUCCUGAGCACGGAGCUGCUGCUGCUGGCGGCCUUCAACUGGAACCUCUGCCUGCCCACGCCCGCCCACUUCCUGGACUACUACCUCCUGGCCUCCGUCAGCCAGAAGGACCAGCACUGCCACAGCUGGCCCACCACCUGCGCGCGCAAGACCAAAGAGUGCCUCAAGGAGUAUGCCCACUACUUCCUCGAGGUCACCCUGCAAGAUCAUAUUUUCUACAAAUUCCAGCCUUCUGUGGUCGCUGCAGCCUGCGUUGGGGCCUCUAGAAUUUGCCUUCAGCUUUCUCCCUAUUGGACCAGAGACCUGCAGAGGAUCUCAAACUACUCCCUGGAACAUCUCAGCACAUGCAUCGAAAUCCUGCUGGUAGCCUAUGACAACGUCCUCAAGGAUGCCGUCGCGGUCAAGAGCCAGGCCUUGGCCAUGGUGCCCGGCACAUCCCCAGCCCCCACCCAGAUGCUGUUUCAGCCCCCUGCCUACCCCGCCCUCGGCCAGCCGACGCCUGUGGCCCUGGCGCAGUUCCAGACGCCUGUGCAGGACCUGUGCUUAGCCUAUCGGGACUCACUGCAGGCCCACUGUUCGGGGACCCUGCUCUCUGGGGGCACAAGUUCAUCUGUCCACUCCCCGUACCCCUCCCUCCAGCCUCUGGACGUGUGCCCCGUGCCCCUGCCCGUGUCCCUCAGCAUGCAGAUGGCCGUCGCAGCCGAGCCCAGGCACUGCCUCACCACCGCCUACAGAGGCAGCUACUUCAGCGGGAGCCACGUGUUCCCCACAGGCUGUUUCGACAGAUAGGGCCCUCUUGGGCUGCCCGGGGGACCUUGAAGACCCAGGCAGAGGAAGAAGACAUUGAUGAGGGAGCUCAGUGGAGCCAGGCGACUGGGAGGCCAUCCCAGCAGAGCCUCGUUGCCCUUCGUAAGGAAAACGGACCCAGAGCAAAACGGUCCCUGAGAUACCUCACCCAAGAGCAUUCCUCUGGAAAACGCCUUUCACAGGUGCCUGGGUGCAGGGGCCAGGUGCCUGGAGCAGGGCCCAGAGAAUGGAGAAACCCCCGGUAAGAGGCCGGGAGUCUGGGAGCUGGAUGCAGACACCAGUCCACAGGCACGUCCCGUGCUUAGCAUCAGAGACUCCCUUAUUCUUUGCCGAUGGCAGCUACACCACUGAAGAAGAAGGGGCAGCCAGACAUGUUCUCGGGACCCCGGUAGAUGUCAGAUCGGGUGCUUUUGUCUCCCUGGCUCCGUGCCGGGGCCUGUGUGUGUGUGUGUGUGUGUGUGUGUGUGUGUGUGUGAGAUGCCCAAGUGUCUGCUUUCUGAGGCACAGUGCGCGGCUGUCUCACCUCCAGUGUCGAACCUAAAACCUUAUUCGCCCUUUUAGACAUUUCACGUGCUGCUGCUUCCCGAAGUGACCUAGCUUUCUGUUCAGUAAGAAGUCUUGUUUACAUACUGUAUCAGGGAUUUUGUGAUACUUGAACAUUCCCUAGGAGAAAAACAAUGCCGAUUGCCGCACUGCCUGUCUCACGCCCGGGCUGUUCCUUUUAUCCCCAGCUGGUGGCUGACCCGAGGGUAGUGGCAGAGCUUCCUUUGCAAAAGCCUAGGGCUGGGGAGAGCCACUUUCCCACCUCUCAGUUCCAGAAGAGUCCGCACCUUGGACGCUGUGUUCUCCUGUAGAACUUCAAUAACCACCCAGAGGUGAAAGUUGAAAGGUUA